GCUUUCCCUAUAUAGAAAGGACACCUUAUAUGAUGAGGGGCACAAUUGUAAACUCCAAAACCGGUUCGUUUCGUUUUUAGAGUAACAGAAGGACGGCGACGAUGGAGACGCAGUGAGUGACAACGGAGAUUCCGCGACGACUAAAUGAAAGGUUGAGAGGGCUUCAAAGUUUCAGAUCUAUUUAACACGACUUUGAGUUUUGAAGAAAGAAGAUAUGCCUAGGCCAGGUGCAAGACCUUACGAGUGUGUGAAACGAGCUUGGCAUAGCGAUCGUCACCAACCCAUUCGAGGUUCCAUCAUCCGCCAGAUCUUCAGACUAGCCAUGGAAGCUCACAGUGUGGGUACGAGGAAGAACAAAGAAUGGCAGGAGAAGUUGCCUGUUGUUGUCUUGAAAGCCGAGGAAAUCAUCUACUCUAAAGCCAGUUCCGAGGAAGAGUAUACAGAUACUGAUACUAUGUGGAAUAGAGUCAAUGAUGCUAUUGACACCAUUAUCAGAAGAGAGGAAAGCACUGAAACUGGCCCUCUUUUGCCUCCUUGUGUUGAAGCUGCUCUUAACCUUGGGUGUAUUGCUGUAAGAGCUUCAAGAAGCCAACGACAUAGUAACAUUAGGACUUACCUGACUCCCAAGAUCCAACAACCUGUUUCUGCUUCCACUGAUGACCAACAAUACCAUCAUCAAGCUCAAAGAUCGACCAAACCAUGCCAUACUGUUCAAGCGGCAAUCCCGGUGGAUGUUUCUGUUAACAGCAACAUCCAUGUAGCUCCUCCUCCUCGCGGUUACCCGUUUCUACAUGAAUCCAUGCCGAUUCAGCAAAAACCAUUGGCUCGAAAACUAGGGACUAGCACUUCUCCAGCUUCAGCUCCAAUCAACUUGGGUUCAGUCUAUCCUUUGUAUUACGGAGGUAAUGAGCAAGUGGACAUGUCUUUAGGAGGCCCUGAAACGCCCAUAAUCAUUGGCAUGCCUAUUUGUAUAAAGGCCCCGGAAGAAGCAACAGAGAGGCUCUGCGAUUUAUCACUGAGGCUUGGUAUAUCUUCAGAAUCACCCUCCACAAGAAUAGAUACCGGGUCUAGUCGGGCUUACCGAGGAAAGAGUCAAGACGAGUUAUGUUUAUUCUCUGAAGUGAAGCAGAAUGAUAAUAUGUUUGUUUGGCUUUCAGAUUACGAUUCAGAUUCAAGAGUUAAAAAACACAGAGCAUUUUGUGGAGACUCCCUCCUCUAGGCUCUGCUUAUUGUUGUUUCAAUCUUGUAAAAGCCUCACAGUUAAUGGUUAUGAUUAUUGAUUCUC